CGAUCGAUAUCAAUGGAGGAUUCGCUUUUUUCGGGGUCUCUGCAGUGCUUGGUGUAUUUUGUGAAUCCCGGGUUCGGUUGAGUGAAAGAGUCUCGGAAAGUGUUGUUUUCGUCCGGUUACAUCACCGAGAACUUGAGGAGCUUCCAAAAGGAGUGCAAAAUGUCUUUCAAAUCACGCAGGUGGUGAGGACAGAUAUCAACCAAAGACAACAAGAUUGGUAGCAUCAGGUGGCAAGUUCAUGGUUCUGCAGUCUCUGGCUAGACUCAGACCUAGGAUCUCAAAAUGAACUCCGCAGUUAGCACUGAGGAUAUGGACAUGGCUGAAGAGGACAUGUCACAAGUGGACGGGUGUGGGCUGAGCGGCGGCUCGGAGGACGAGGACGAGUGCGUGUCGUCGCCGGCCGGCUCGGCGUACGACGACAGCGCUGACGUCAUCAAGAAUGCCAUGAGCGACGAGGUCACCAAGCAGUUGGCGGCUGCAGGGCCAGUGGGCAUGGCUGCCGCAGCUGCAAUAGCAUCUUCAAAGAAACGCAAGAGGCCCCACUCCUUUGAAACAAACCCCUCAGUUAGAAAGAGACACCAGAACAGGCUACUUAGAAAACUUAGACAAACCAUUGAAGAAUUCGCGACCCGUGUCGGCCAACAGGCCGUGGUGUUGGUAGCCACGCCGGGCAAGCCCAACACGUCGUACCGUGUGUUCGGCGCCAAACCGCUAGAGGACGUCGUUCGCAACCUGCGCUGCAUGAUCAUGGAGGAGCUCGAGAACGCGCUCGCGCAGCAGUUCGGGCUGGGCGGGUGCCCGCAGGCGCCGCCGCCGCCGCAAGACGACCCCUCGCUGUUCGAGCUGCCGCCCCUCAUCAUCGACGGCAUCCCCACCCCCGUGGAGAAGAUGACGCAGGCGCAGCUGCGCGCCUUCAUCCCGCUCAUGCUGAAGUACUCCAUGGUGCGCGGCAAGCCGGGCUGGGGCCGCGAGUCGACGCGGCCGCCGUGGUGGCCCAAGGACCUGCCGUGGGCCAACGUGAGGAUGGACGCGCGCUCCGAAGAUGAGAAACAGAAGAUGUCGUGGACGCACGCGCUGCGACAGAUCGUCAUCAACUGCUACAAGUACCACGGCCGCGAGGAUCUGCUGCCGGCCUUCAACGAGGAAGAGGACGACAAGGGACCUCCCACGCAACCCAUAUCCGCGUGCAUGCCCGGCGCGAGCUCUAACUCGUCGAGCGGCUCGGGGUCGGGUCGCGGACAGUCCUCCGCCGUACUGUCGUCGUCGCAAGUCUGCAUCGACCAGAUGACGCUCGCCGAUGUCGAUAUGUCGCAGUACGCGCCCGCGGUGCUGCAGACCAUCACCAACCCGGACGGCACGGUGUCGCUCAUCCAGGUGGACCCCAACAGCCCCAUCAUCACGCUGCCCGACGGCACCACGGCGCAAGUAGUGAGUAUCCACAGUGGCUCGGACGGUUCCGGCGUGGUUCAGGCGCUGGAGGGCGACGGCGCGGUCGCCGUCGACCUCAACGCUGUGGCCGAGGCCACGCUCAAUCACGACGGACAGAUUAUCCUCACCGGCGAGGACGGCCACGGCUACCCGGUGUCGGUGUCGGGCGUGAUCACGGUGCCGGUGUCGGCGUCCGUGUACCAGUCCAUGGUGGCGUCCAUGCAGCAGCAGGACGGCGUGUGCAUGGCGCCGCUCGUGCAGGUGGAACAGAACGGCGAGGGGCUGGAAGCGAUAUCAAUGGGCGGUGGCGUGGCGCAGGUCAUGCUACAGGGCAACGGGGAGACGCAGGUGCUGCAGGUGCUUAGCUUGAAGGACGCCACCGUACUCACUAAGGCCAUGCAACAAGUGAAGUCGGAGCGCGAAGCGGUGGCGGCGGACUCCUAGCUGCUGACGCUGGUGGCCAACUCGCCGCCGCAGCACGACCGCCUCGACCACACAUAGCGCCUCGCGCCUCGCCACUAGCCACCGGGCGCUAGGCAACAUCCACCCGCACUAGACGCUCCAGUCUACAGACUGCCCAGAUCUCUAAUUAAAGACGAGGCACUUGUCGCAACGAAGAUCGAAGCCAAAGUGGUAUAGUUCGUUUCACGUAAAGACUCCUGAACUUAUACUUGCGCAGUAGGCGAUUUACCGAUCUAUUUGACCGUAGGAAGUGAGAGGCGACGGCGAGGCAGCCGCGCACUGAUUCGUGUAGUCUACCAUUAUUUCGCGGGCUUUUGAUAUUACCAGUACAACCAUAUACCACUAAAUUUUAAUUACCAUAAAAAAUUGGCUUAUCUCCCGAUUGAUCGAUACAUAAUUAAAAAGUACCUAUAGGUGAUACACAUUCGAAUGUCUCUAUUGUUGCCGAGCAGUAUUUACGUGAAACUGACUACAAUAUGACCCAGCCUUAAGACUGGGCGUAUUUGAAAUUUUAAACAUAUUGGGGUUCCUAUCGAGCGCUUUUUAAACCGCUAAGUCGAUAUAAAGGUGAACGCACACUUAUCCGAGCCGAACGAGUCCAACGAAACGAAUUUUAGAAUUCUAUACCUAUAUGAAAUAUUCUUCCGAUUCGACGCGGGGAAGUGUGCCAGGUUUCAUGAGAUUUCAUAUACAGAAUUCGUUUCGUUCGACUCGUUCGGCUCAAUAAGUGUGCGUUCAUCUUAAUGCGUAAAUUUUGAGAUAAGGCUCACCAUAUUUGCUGUAUGAGCCUACGGUUAUGUCGAAAAUACGGUUUACCCGCUGCUCGAUUGCGGUAGAAUGACAGCUACAAUGUCACAAUCGCAAUCACCUCUGAUUGGUUGACGCUCGCUCACUAUUGGCUACAAUGC